CUCAUUAACGACCGCGGUCGCACGGCGCUCCCGUGGCCUCCAUCCAUCAUUCACCGCUUGGCUCGGUGCCAACAGGAUGUCCGGCCGCUCGCUCACCCGUGCAGCCCAGGAGCGCACCGGGAUCGCGGCCUCUCCGAGGCGGGUCGGGCCGAGCGAAGCCCGCAGCCCCGGCGCCCUCGCUCCGACCCGGGGCUGCGGGUGCCGAAGGGGUACCCUCUGGUGUACGGCCUGGUGCUCAUUCCCUGUUGGAGCUUGCUGGUGUGCCUGAGCAGGAUGUACAUGGGCAUGCACUCCCUGCUGGACGUUAUCGCCGGAUUCCUAUACACCAUCUUAAUCUUGGCGGUCUUCUAUCCGUUUGUGGACCUGAUUGACGACUUCAACCAGACUCACAGCUAUGCUCCCCUCAUCAUCAUCGGGCUCCACUUGGCCUUGGGGAUCUUUUCCUUCACUCUUGACACCUGGAGCACAUCCCGAGGAGACACCGCGGAGAUUCUGGGAAGCGGCGCGGGGAUCGCAUGUGGCUCUCACGUGACUCACAGCAUGGGUCUAACGGUGGAUCCUUCUCCAGACAUUUUACCUUUGCCCGUGCCUCCCGUUACUCUGACUGUCUUUGCAAAAGCCAUAUUGCGGGUCCUCUUGGGGAUGGGAGUUGUACUCUUAGUUAGAAAUAUGAUGAAAAGGAUCACCAUCCCGUUAGCCUGUAAAAUCUUUAAAAUACCGUGUGAUGAUAUUCGCAAAGCAAGACAGCACAUGGAAGUGGAGCUCCCUUACCGGUACAUUACCUACGGAAUGGUUGGCUUCUCUAUCACGUUUUUUGUUCCCUACAUAUUUUGGUUUAUUGGUAUCUCUUGAUGGGAAAAUAUUGUUGAUAAUAAGAAAGGACAAGUACCAGUUACUGAUAUCUAAAAAUAUACUGUAAGUAAAAGGUCAGAGUUAGGCUUUGGCAAGAAUUUAUCUUAAAUAAUUGUUUAAGUAAAUUCUUAAGAGUCAGUGCAUUUUAUCAUUGCACAUCCAGGUAUUGUUUUUGGUGAGCUGAUCUAUUUAACACUGAGAAAAUGCUAAGUUUCUAUUUAGAAUGUUCAUAUGUUUGGAGAGUUUUGUGCUUUUAUGGAUUCAGUAUAUAUAUAUAUAUGUGUGUAUAUAUAUAUAUAUAUAGGUAUAUAAUAUGCAAUCAUAUGUCUAAUAUAUU